AUGCAGCUUGGGGGGAGCCAUCAUGGGGCUCUUAGCAAUCCUCAGAAGGAAAUCUCGGUCAACCAGGAUUUAGAUGAAGGCCAAGUAAAGGAAAUCUCUGGACUGGAUUGGAUAAAAGUUGCGGGAGUUGCAUCAGGAUCAGAGCACUCGGUCAUCACUACAGAAAAUGGAGUAAUAAUGACAUGGGGAUGGGGCGAACAUGGUCAGCUUGGUUUAGGAGAUACAUGUGAUCACACUUGUCCUCAGGUUUCCGUUCAUGCAAUAAAGAAUGAACACAGUUCUUAA